AUGAAUUCUGAACGAAAACAGCUAUACGCCAGAAAUCCUGGUAGCCAUGAGGAUCGUGGUGAGUUUGCUCUGCUGCUUGACGCUCGGAGGGCUGCCAGGGGCGGGCGGCUUGUGUGUUUGCUCUGCUGCUUGCCGCUCGGAGGGCGGCCAGGGGCGGGCGGCUUGUGCCCAUCGCAGUGCAGCUGCGCCUUCCACAGCCUCAGCGAAGGGACGAAAGCCAGGACAGUGCUGUGUAAUGACCCGGAGAUGACCCUCACCCCUGUCAACAUCCCUGUAGAUACGUCCAAGCUUCGGAUAGAAAAGACAGCCGUCCGCAGGGUGCCAGGAGAGGCUUUCCACGCGCUCCACAACCUGGAGUACCUCUGGAUGCCCUAUAACUCCCUGGCCAGCCUCAGCGGGAUCACCUUCAAGGGCCUCCGUCGCUUGCAGGAGCUGAGGCUGGAUGGGAACGCCUUAAUAUCAUUCCCCUGGGAAACCCUGGCUGACAUGCCACAGCUAAGGCUUCUGGAUUUACACAACAACGAACUUACCUCAGUCCCUCCAGAUGCUGCUCGUUAUGUCAAGAAUAUCACAUACCUGGACCUGUCUAGCAAUAAGCUGAUGACUCUUCCUCAGGCUCUGACUGCCACCUGGGCCAGCCUCCAGGCCGUUCCUUACUUCCCCAGCGAUAACUCCAAGCUCAUCCUAGGCUUGCAAGACAAUCCUUGGGUAUGCGACUGCAGUCUGUAUGAAAUGGUCCAUUUCCUAAAUUUCCAGUCUCCUAACAUAGCAUUCAUUGAGCCCAGGCUGAAAUGCUUCACCCCCCGGAGCCUUGCAGGAGUCUUCUUCAGCCAAGUCGAGCUAAGGAAGUGUCAAAGCCCCGUCGUACAUACGUCCGUAGCCAAAGUAAAGACCAUCCUGGGCAGCACCGUGCUACUGCGAUGUGGGACAACGGGGGUGCCCAUUCCUGAGCUCAGCUGGAGAAGGGCUGACGGUGCUCAACUAAACGGCACAGUUCACCAAGAGAUUUCCAGUGAUGGGAUGAGCUGGUCUAUUCUUGGCCUGCCUGUAGUCUCUUAUCUCGACUCUGGAGAGUACAUCUGUAAAGCAAAGAACUUUCUGGGGGCGACAGAGGCCUUCAUAUCUCUCAUCAUCACGGACUCAGAAAGCACGGAUAGCCCCGACUCCAACGCCAAAGGCCCGUGGAGCGGGAAGGUGAGCGGGAUGGAAGCAGCUGCCUACAAUGACAAGCUGGUGGCAAGGUACGUUAUCACCACCUCCACCGUGCCUACCCUGGGAGCUGGAGUGGGCACCGGAGAGGGCCUCCUCCUCCCAGAUGUGGCACAAGAUAGCAACCCCAGAAACCUGCUGGUGAGCCCGCCUACCGGCCAGCAGGAGCCGGAGCGAAUCGUGAGGUCCGUCAGGGUGAUAGGAGGCACCGACCAGGGUAUCACCCUGGCCUGGAAGGCGCCUCUGGCAAAGAACACGACAGUGUUUAGUGUCCUCUAUGCCGUCUUUGGGGAGAGAGACAUGCGGCGGAUCAACGUGGAGCCAGGGAAGACCAAGGUCACCAUUUAUGGGCUGCUGCCAAAGACCAAAUACAUCGUGUGUGUCUGUGUGAAAGGGCUGAUCCCCAAGAAGGAGCAAUGCAUCAUAUUUUCCACAGACGAAGUUGCCAGCGCAGGAGGGACCCAGAAGCUCAUCAACGUGGUUGUCAUCAGCGUGGCCUGUGUCAUUGCUGUUCCUCUGACGCUGGUGGUCUGCUGUGGAGCACUGAAAAGGCGCUGCAAAAAAUGCUUUGCGCGGAAACCCAAGGAAAUUCAGGAGUCCUAUGUCACCUUUGAAAGCCUGUCUCCUGGGGCCAAGGCGAAAGGCGUGGAAGGAGAAUACUUGACUAGACAUACCCCCGAUGAGUCAAACAGGCUGCUGUCUGCCCGAUCCAGCGUGGACUCAGAAGCAAUACCAAAGAUAGAGGGGCAACCUAACGAAUACUUUUGCUGA